AUGUCUCUGUUAUCAAUCAAACACAUAUUUGGUAUUCGAACAUGUCUAACUGAUUGUAUUGUUUAUUUGAAUGACCAUUCUUAUUUAUAUCCAUCUAGCCGAAAUAUUAUUUUAUAUAAUAUCGAUCAUAAAUGUCAACGGUUCAUUAGUUUUGAACAUGAAUAUGAUACAUUAGAAUCAUUAGGUGUUAGUUCAAAUAAACAAUAUUUAGNAUUGAAAAGUGAUGUCUCUGUUAUCAAUCAAACACAUAUUUGCCGAAAUAUUAUUUUAUAUAAUAUCGAUCAUAAAUGUCAACGGUUCAUUAGUUUUGAACAUGAAUAUGAUACAUUAGAAUCAUUAGGUGUUAGUUCAAAUAAACAAUAUUUAGCUAUUGCAUUAAAUAAAUUAGAUAAAACUCGCAUUAUUAUUUAUGAUAUUAAUGAACCACUAAAUAGAGAAAUACAAAUACAAAUACAAAAACAAAAAAUUCUUUAA